AUGAUGCGAAGGAAAGGAUAUGACGAAAACGGACACACAGAACAAGUAUGGUGGAAUAUGAUAGAGAAGCAUGAAGCUAGUGGGUUAGGUAUGGAGAAAGCAGCCGGAGCAAAGAAGCAAGAAAGAAGCAGAGAAGAAGGGUUGCGAACAAACUUAUGGCGUUGUAUUGUUUGGAAAACAGGAAACACCAACUACGUGAAGUAUGAAUCGCCGACACUGAGGUCGAAAGCUUAUGUAUGCCGAAGAGAUACACUAUCGCGCGAUGUACAACGGAUUACCACGGAUGAGGAAAAGCGAAAGCGUUCACUUCACUGUUAUUACGAGUUUGUUGAAGAGUCCGUAACUCUAUCACUUAGGAAGGAAAGGGAAACAAGGAAUUUAAUUAACCGUCCAACUUCUAGCUGA